CAAUCGGCUCGCUUGUCGCUUGCAACAGGUCUAUCUUGCAUGGAAAACAAGCCUAACGCGUUAAGUAGUCCCCGGUCGUGCAAAGUAGUCCCCGGCGCAGCAGGCGGAGGCACACCAGUCCGUGUUUCGGUGAUCUGGCUUCCCCAAGCGCCUCAUUCGUAUGCUGACGACGCUCCUUGCCACUCAGCCUAUUCCGUAGCAGUUCUUAGAGUUGUGAUUAACUCGUGUUGCUGUUCUGUUACUUGUCUUCCGUAGCAGUUCUUUGAGUUGUGAUUGUCUCUAGUUGCUGUUCUGUUACUUGUUUUCCGUAGCAGUCUCUGAGUUUUAAUUUUCUCGUGUAACUGUUUUGUUACGUGAGUUUCCCGUAUCAGUCCCUUGAAUUCUGAUUUUGAAUGCUGAUUUUCUCGUUACUCUUGUGUUACUUGAGUUGUGUUCUCACCAUGCCGCCUCAGCUUCGUCCUCGCCGCGGGGUCUUCGCCGCUUGGUCGCAAGACAGUUAUACGACGUUCCGCCGUGGCAGGGCCUUUGAACUUCCUGGGACUCACGUGAUUGACUUAAGUGCGACUCAUAAAGCCAUGUACCAGCUCAUAGGGACGUGCGAAGCGUUGCCUGAUGGGGAGGAAGGGGUGUGGGUGCCCGCUGCUAGCGUGGUCACUCUCCCAUCCGAACCCAAAAAAGUUCGAUGCAAUUUUUGUGCUGUGGCCCUUAACAACUUGGCACACUACUCAAUUCACGUUCGGCGUGGGUGCGAGCGGUUCGACCGAAACAACGGCGACCAGGUUUCGAUUUUCAAUCGAAACGUUGAGACGUUCAAGUUUAUGUUUGGCUGUAACUUAUCGCCCUUGCCGUUGCCAGGCCAACAACAGGAAGAGCAGGAAGCUGCAGUUCUGCUUCAAUAUGAUUUGUUACGUGGUGGGAUGCCGCCCCCUGACAACGACGCUUUACGCCAGUUUGAGGACAGGAUUGAGCGAGAAGCUACUGCAAUGCUAGCGUCCUUACGGAAGGCGAUAAUAGCGGCGCGCUCCGGGGACGAACAAGCGCGGAUGCCAAACUCCUACGCCUUUGCUGCCGGGUGCGCAAGGAUAGCGACAAACGUGAACCGCAUGAGCCGCAGGAUCGCACGGGGAAACGCGCCAACACCGCCACCCUUUCCACCCUUCCCACUCUUCCCACUCUUCCCUCCGCCGGGUGAUGAUGACGGUGAUGAUGACGGUGGCCCUCCGCCCGGUGACGGUGAUGAUAACGGUGGCCCUCCGCCCGGUGACGGUGAUGACGGUGGCCCUCCGCCCGGUGACGGUGAUGAUGACGGUGGCGCUCCGCCCGGUGACGGUGAUGAUGACGGUGGCCCUCCGCCCGGUGACGGUGGCCGUGGCCCGCCGCCAACCACCACUCCAACCACCACCACUCCAACCACCACCACUCCAACCACCACCACUCCAACCACCACCACUCCAACCACUUCAAGUGGCUCAUUCCUUCGGCGGCGCGGCACCGCCACCACCAGCAAGUCGAAGAGGCGUCGCGAGGAGGAGGAGGUGGAAGAAGAAGAGGAGGUGCGGGCCCCUUCUCCUCCUAAGAGGCCGCGGCGCCGGAAGCGCGAUGAUGAAGAUGAGGAUCCGCCUCCUGUCCCGCCUGUGGCCCGGCGGUCGCGGCGUUUGGCCGGGUUGGGCGUCGCCUUUUAGUCCAUUUUCAAUCUGAAAAUUUGAAUCUCAUUUUGAAUGUGGAAACCUGAAAUCCGGUUACUGACGCCUCUCUUCUAAUGUAUUGUGUGUGGAGGCCGUGAAAGUGCCUGGAAAUGUGUGGCCCUCAAGCAUACCAGGAACAACUGCUUGUUGCGGAGACAGCAAAUGGUUGCUUUGAUUGGUACAACAAAGCUGGUGGAAUGUGAUCGUUGGCCUGCUGUCUCCUGUGUCAUAGUGAUGUUUCGUACAUGGAUGUGAAUGCUGCCAUUGGCAUCUUCAAGACCAAGAACAGCAUCGAGUUAGUCGGUUGGUUGCCCUAUGUGGUGGGCAUAACUACCAGCCCUCUACCGCGUCGUGCCAGAUGCACUGCGCCAAUGACAUUUGUUGAAGGAAAUCCAACGAGCAGUCACUUAAAUUAGUGAAAUCCAAAUGCAGCUAAGCUGAAGCCUAUCAGUUAUUGCAGAUAAUCAAUUACUAGAUGUCCCAACUCUUAUUUGAUCCUGAAGUUGCAUUGUAUGUAUGCCAAGUUGGCAUUUGGUGCACUUGUUAGGCUGGAGAUGGUAUGGUAUGGAAGAAGCUUACUUCUCGGGAGCUUGCCUAGCAGACUUGCCUGCUGGAAGGAACGUGGACAGUUGGCAUGGACAGUGUUGACAGAAGGAGGAGUGAAAAGUAUUGAAGACUGUUGUUGAAGGGACAUGCCUUCAAAGUGAUUUGCCCUGAAGCUGAGGCAACAACAGAAUGCCUUGAUAGCGUGUCACUGCACUGAUUAGCUAAUAUCCCAGAAGCAAAAUUCUACAAUCCAAGGCAUUGCUUUUGUAUGGCCUGUUUCUGCAAAGUGGACAGUUCUUCUAGUUGACAACCAAGCAGAUUUGCACACAUGAAACGAUUUUACUAUUUGACGACCUGAGCAGGGUUGAUCAAUGUUAUGACUGAAGAUCUAAUCCUGAUAUUAACCUGGGAAGAAUUUUAUCUUUUUAAUGGAGGGGAUUUUUUUGUGUUUUUAUUUUUUAUUUUUAAUUAUUGACACAAUAUUGAGAAAGGAUUGUUUUGAGACGACGCCAGAUGAAACAAUUUUACCAUUUGACGACCUGAGCAGGGUUGAUCAAUGUUCCGGCUGAAGAUCUAAUCCUGAUUUUAACCUGGGAAGAAUUUUAUCUUUUUAAUGGAGGGGAUUUUUUUGUGUGUUUUUAUUUUUUAUUAUUGACACAAUAUUGAGAAAGGAUGGUUUUGAGACGACGCCAGAUGAAACAAUUUUACCAUUUGACGACCUGAGCAGGGUUGAUCAAUGUUACGACUGAAGAUCCAAUCCUGAUAUUAACCUGGGAAGAUUUUUAUUGCUAUUUUAUUAGAAAGAUUGUUUUUGUAUAUUAUUUUUCCUUUUAAUCGUUGACAAAGAUGGAAGAAAGGAGGACAUUUUGUAGAGGCAAAACUUGUCAAGUUUUUUUUAUUCUCAGACAGCAGCCCAGACAGCUGACAACUGAUUGAUGAGGACAGAAGGCUUCGUCAUUUUCACUCAAUGGCAUACACAUAUUUUGAUGUGUAAUUAUGUUCGCGAGUAUUCACCAUCAGGUGCUGCUGGUCAAGAGAGAAUGAACCCUUCAGUGAACACUGUACUGCACACCUGGACAGCUUGCUGCACACCCGCUACAGUCUAUUGUAGCGAGUGAGAAUGCAGUGGGAUGCAGUCACCGAAGAGUUGAGUCUUGACUGCUUCUAUCCAGUCUAAUCUGAGAAGAGAGUGGUGGCUGCAUCAUGUUCACCAGCUUGUUAAGUCACGUGCUUGACUCAUAUUUGUUGUUCUAUUGUGAGUAAGAAUAUAUCCUAGCACUGUUUAUGCUGGGAGAGUGGGGAACAAGAGUUUUAAGUGUCCUUGCCAAAACUGCACUUUUGUGCACUGGAUGAUUAAGUUUGGUAUUAUGUCAUUCUUCUGAACCAAUGGGAUAAUGUGAUCUUUGCCCUUUGUUAUUGUGUUUGGCAAGAGUUGCCAUCAAUACUGGCUCCUGUGUAUGAUAAAUGGCUUUCUAACUUGGUAUCUACUUUCUAGAGCAGUUGCUACAAAUGGAUGUUUUAAUCCUCAAAUGUAACUUGCCCAGAAUUUCCUUUGGAUCAGUCUUUACUUGAAUACUCCGUGUCAGUUUUUGUCGUUUAUUCAUUGUGAGGAGGUAGGAGCAGAUUUGGUUGGAUGGGGACAAAAUUUGCAGAAUUACCAAGUGCAUCACAUUCCAAUGGAGUCUCAAAUUUAUAGUUUAUGUUGAGGGUUUGUCAUGUUUUCCUCUUGAUCUGCUGAUGUUCAGCAGAAUGGCAGGUUCAUUUUGUGACACUUAAAUUCUACUCAGAUCAUUAGUACAUAGACUUCACAUGCAAUCCAUUCUCCGCUCCCUCAUUCGAAGCCCUUAAGAACAGUCCAAUAACACACAUUCUUGUUUCUCAGUUUUGCAAUAUGUGGAGUUUUAUUGACUCGCUUGUCUUUCAGUAUCCGUGUGUAAGGGCGCCCUUUCUCAUGGAUACUCUGUACAAAUUUUUCGGAAGAACAUUGAGCUGUGUUUGGUAUGAAUGAAUGUGUAUGCUAGUCUGGUUGCAAGUAUGUAUGAUAACAUGUGUGAGAGAGAUGGUGGUGGUGGUAGUCACACAGUCUGGGGCCCCCUGUGUUUAGAAGGUGGGAUUUAAGGGUAUUUUGUGUGCUUCAAUGUUCUUCCCCAAAAUUUGUUUGAAAACAGCGAGUUUAGAUGUACAGCAGGCGCGGAUUUAGGGGAGGGGCAAUUACCUCUCGCUUAGGGUACCAGGACAGCCUGGAAGGCCUGGAAGGUGGGCAAAAAGCGACACUUGCCCGUUGUAAGCAGGCGACAAGCAGUGCUUCACGGAAAUUCUCGAUCCGCGCCUGGAGUUAGGAGAUUAUUUGCCAAUUAGGGCUAUCCAUUUAAUCUUGACCCUCAUCUGUCGAUAGGAAGGAAAAUACUGCAGGGUAUUUGAUUGAAGGUAGAGACUUUGUCUUCCUCUUAAGCCUGCAUUGGUGAGGAGUCGUAGAACCUCCUAAAAUGUGGCAAAUGAAGCACACUGACCGCAUUUGUGCGUCAGAACCUUUGUUUUAUGAGGUAGUAUUUUGAAGUCGACUCUUCCUGCUCAAAUGAUCAAACUCUGCCUUACGAAAUCAACUUCCUGAUGUCCUUUGGACUUCUAUGCAGUAAAGGAGUCUAUCCAGUUAAAAAUUCUACCAUUUUGAGGAUUAUGUUCUUGUGCCCCUCAAUAUCUGCGUCUCACUCGUGUUCCUUUGACCACUUCCUAACUGUCCAAUCUCACGCAUAUUCACUGUUCCUGAAAUAGACUGUCUCACAGAACCCUAUGAUUCAUUCACAUUCACCCUGCCUAUGUUUACAUCCCUUUUGAUGAGGAUGCGUAAUUCAUAGCAGAUUCUUUAAUUUUCUUUACAUUUUCUCAAUAUAUGGCCUGCCAAUGGGAUAAUAAGAACAAGCUUUUCUCAUGAAUUGUGAAUUGAGACUCUGUUUGUUACUGAUGCGUUUCUCACUUUUUUUUUGCUGGGAUUUAAUUUUAAAUUGUGUGCUGGUGUUUGUCACCGCGUGAAACUGAAUGCUUGUGAUCUUUCGUAAGAGCACUAUUAAAGCAGAUGCUUAGUGUCCUUAAAGUUCAAUUUGUCUAGGAAUUUCAAAAGUAAAUUCUGAUCUGGGGGAUGUUUUGGUUUGUAUUCUGCAAUGGAGCAAUGUUUAAAAGCUAAUUUGAUGAGCCUUUGUUGAAGCAUCUCUUCCAUUCCCUUUGAUGGUAGUGGCAACUUCUCAUGGUUUUUGUAAUGGAAGUCUAUUUUAUUUCCAUGCCUGUGUGGGCCAGGAAUAGGUUUUAGCAAUGAGCCUGUACUUUUACGAUGUUAGUUCUUUGUUAAUUGUAAUGGUGUGCUAAGUGAAAUUUUUCAACUCCCUUUAUACCUUUUCAAAAGAUACUGUGGACUUUGAUUCAAGUAGGAAAUAUGUUUGUCACAUAGAAAGGUGUAUUUUAUGUAUUUUUAUUCCUUUUAAUUUUAAAUAUCCUUGAGUUUUCAAUUUUUUGUUUACCCUGGACCCUGUUUGUGUAUCUUGUGUACUGUUUAAUUAGUGACUGGAAGACUGUUAUACCCUGUGCAUUUCAUUUGCUUAUUGCUUAACGAGUGAAAUUUUUAGUCUCUCUAUUGUGUUUGAGUUCAGUAUUAUAUCUAGUAAGUUAAAAUAUGCAUGUAAUUAGAUUUAAAUCUGAUGGUAGAGAACAUUAAGUGUGUAAAUUAUCCUUACAAUACAUUAGGAUUUUUUGAUUGAUAAUUGUUGGUGUGUAACUUUAAAAAAAAAAAUGUGCUACACUUAAACAAAUGUUGUAAAAAAAAAAUAGUGUGUAAAACGAAAAUAUUGAAAAUGUAAAGACAAAUACUUAGAAAAAAAAAUGUUAAAAAAAAUGUUAAAA